AUGGAUACAAAAUUUAUUUAUCAUCCCAUCAUACCGUCGUCUCAUCUUGGAGAAGACGAGGAAGAGGAAGAUACUGAUUUGUUGCUGGACGAUUUGCCAUUUUCACGUUUGAAGGAAGUCCAGACUGAAUCUACCAUGAAAGAGGAAUUUCAUUUGUCCCAGGCUUGUUCUUCAUUGAAGUCUGAAGAAGCUCAACAGAAUCAAGAUGCUGAAUCACUGAUAGAACAUCCUUUCAGUGUCAGCUCGGUUGUCAUGAUGCAGAGAAUUAUAAGUUACAUUGCAUACCUAGAGAACAGUAUUUCCAGUCUCUGUAGCGAACUUGGGAUGCAUUUUAACUCAUCAGGAACUCCCCUUGUGAACAGACUUAAGAGGAAAGUUGAGGCUAGGGCUAAAGCAAGCAAAAAGAAAGAUGCACCGCUAAGUGAAAUAAAAUAUACACAUUCACACCAUUAUGGCACUAGACGGCUUAAAUUGUCUUCACCCACUGUGGAUUCCACAACUGAUACAGUCCCAAUAUGGACGCCAAACAACGAUUAUGUUAAUUCACAGGAUUCGUCGGCUCCAUCAUCAACAUUUGUGGCAUUAUCAAGCAAUGAAAAUAGCAGCUCAACAUGGCAGGUGGAGAGUGAUUCAGAUGAAGAUAUAAUUUCACAUACAGGUUUUAUCAUAGUCUAA